ACCGUGACCCAAAAGCUUCGGGACUGGUGAAAAUUUCGAAGCCAAGACGUCCUCGCUAAAACCUUGAACCUUGCCUCCUUCCCACUCCAAGGGUAUCGUCGCUAUCAGGAUACUUCCCAGCUAGCUCUUGAGGAGAGAGCCAGCAGAUAGAGCGAGGGCCAAGCAUACAGGCUUAGAAGUUCUGAAAUCGAAUCCUCGCUCAUCCACAACUCGGGCCACAGUGGGAAAAAAGCCGGUUUGUUCCUUUGAUAUCAAGCAACCACCAUGAAGACCAAAGGCGCCCUCUCCGUCCGAAACCUCUUGACGAGUCAAGUGAUCCUAUGUAACUUACCCGUUUUGAUUCUUGUGGUUGUAGCCUCUCUGGAUGCGGCUGACAAGGCACUCCUGGGUUCUUCCUUUCCCCUCCUCGAACGGGAGCUCCAUAUGGAUGUCGAAACGUUGGGUUACUUCUCCAUGUUUACCAAUCUCUCGUAUGCCUUCUCCAUGCCUCUCUGGGGAUGGCUCGUUCACAAGUACGGCAUGCAACAGAUUCAUCUCGUCCUCAGUGCCGCCUGCUUUUCCUGGGGAGCCGCCACCAUUGGCAUUGCCCUGUCGGGAGGGUCCGUCGUCGGUCAGGCAAUCUUUCGAUCGCUCAAUGGUAUGGCAUUGGGGUCCAUCUUGCCACUCAGUCAAACCAUGCUCGUCAGCAUGGUCGCACCCGUCAUGCGAGGGCGAGCCUUUGGGUACAUGGGCAUGUGCGAAAAUCUCGCCGGGACGGUAGCAGCAUCCAGUAUCGUGUACUUUGAAGACUGGAAACGAUCCUAUUAUGUCUUGGGAUUUCUCUCCGUCGCCAUGGCUCUGAUUGCCAAACACGAACUCACACCUGGCAAACGAGCCAAGGCGGUCACAAAGGAUGCUAGUGGGAAAGUGCAUGAUUCCGAUGAAGAUGACUCGGAUGCCAAAGAUGAAGAUGAAGCACAGAAACAGGCAUCAGACGAACCAAAGCUGACGGUCCGACAGAUUCUUCAACGCAUUGCCCAGAUCCCUGCCUUUGUCUGUCUCGUGGCACAAGGUGUCUUUGGUGGCAUUCCAUGGGAUAUGAUGUCCUUUGUGUUGCUACUCAUGGACUGGAGACAAUUCACCAAAGAACAAAUUGUGGCCCUGCAGUUCGCAACUGGCAUUGCUGGAACAUUUGGAAAGUGGCUCGGAGGAUCACUCGGGGACUUUGCCUUUAGUCGAUGGGGCAACCAAGGAAGAAUUGGAGUGGCAUUUGUCAGUGUCAUGGCUGGGAUUCCACUCUAUGGCAUGUUUUGCUUUGCCAAGACCUACUGGGCCGCAUUCCUGUACAAGAUUCUCUUUCAGAUUGUAGCAUCCUGGCCCCCCGCUGGUGCCCUGCGACCCAUUUGUGCCGAUCUGGCUCGUAAUCCCAGCGAACGAGCACAGAUUGUCAGUCUCUGGAUUGUCAUGGAAAAGACAUCGGGAUCCAUCUUUGGAGCACCCCUCGUGGGAUAUCUUACCAGUCACAUGAUGGCUAUGGAAGAAAACAACAACGACAUUGGACUAAGGGAUGAAGCAGAACUGUCGGGAAAAGCCAAUGCUUUGGCAUUGAAUUUGUUUGGAUUGUCGACAUUCUUUUGGGUCGUUUGUGCCGCGUUUUGGGUUGGCAUGUCUUUCACCAUUGAUCGUGAUCUCAAGGGAAAGGAAACACAAUUGACGACAACGGCCCACCGUCGUCAAAACGAGGCAGGGGGCGCCAAGGACGGUGAUGAACUCAGGAAACCAUUGUUGGCAAGUGUUUAGUCAUUCGUUGAAAUAGCAAAGACAAAAAAACAAAGAAGUCCAGCUUAUGUAGAUGUCUCGAAGGAAGGGAACAAAAAAGGGCACCUAUUUUAGAGCAAGCAUAGCGUGAAAGAGUGGUCCGACAGCUAAAAAGAAAACCUGCGAGAUGAAAGUCACCUUGCCGUAAACUAAGCACAUCAAGGGCUUCUCUCUUGGUCAAAUGCAGCUUCCUGUGUGGAUACAUGUACUGGUUGUGCACCACCGCAACCUUGCAGCACAAUCUUCGACCGUACUACAGCAGGAACUCAUAGUUUCUAGAUGUUCUAUUUUCUUCUCAUAUUGGCGACUUGCGUUUUCGCCCUGCCAGCCUCGUGUUUGGUGGGCUGCUGCUCCAAAUGCUCGGAUUCUGGCGCAAAAGACCAUACUGUGCGUUGAACAGGUCCUCGUCGAGCAAAUCGUUGGUCAUGGUUGUCCGGCAUAACUGUUCUGUCAAGCAUUCCCGAGACGUCCCCGAAUCCCAUGCCUCCUUGCGACCCACACGGUUCAACAACGUGUAGUACCAAAUUUGUUCGUC